UAAAAAUGGGAUUAUUUUGAACAAUUUCUCAAAUUGUACACUGUAGCAAAUGUAGAACAGCGCUCCAUUUUGGCGGUUCGCUUCAGAGUUGAGGAGAGAUUUUGUGCAAUCUUAACUUUCAAGUUCUUGAAAUCCAUGGAUAUGGAAAUUGAUGCUUCCAAAGAUGUUUGUUUAAUCAAAGACAAUGAUCUUUUCAAAGCCGCAGAGACCGGCGACUCUUCCGUUUUCACUGCCCUCACACCACAUCAGCUUUCUCAAUCUCUCUCCCUAAGAAAUGAGGAUGAUCGCUCUCUUCUCCACGUUGCCGUCUCUUCAGGCCACGCCGAUGUUGUAAAGAUACUGGUUACUGCUGAUCAGUCUACAAAGGUAAUUAACUGUGCCGAUGAGGAAGGUUGGGCACCGAUUCAUUCUGCUGCUAGCAUUGGGCGGUCUGACAUUUUAGAUAUCUUGUUGAGCGGAGGAGCCGAUGUAAAUUUGAAAAAUGAUGGUGGUCGCACUGCUCUUCAUUAUGCUUCGAGUAAAGGAUGGUUGAAGAUUGCUGAAACUCUUAUCUCACAUGGUGCCAAAAUUAAUCUAAAAGACAAGGUUGGUUGCACACCGUUGCAUCGAGCAGCUAGCACUGGAAACUCAGAAUUGUGUGAGUUUCUGAUUGAGGAAGGAGCAGAAGUUGAUGCUACUGAUAAAGCUGGCCAAACACCUCUUAUGAACGCAGUAGUUUGCGAAAACAAAGAGGUUGCUCUUCUUCUAAUAAGACAUGGAGCUGACGUGGAUGUGGAAGAUGGGGAAGGUUUCACAGUUCUUGGUAGAGCUUCAAUUGAAUUGAGGCCAGCACUGAUUGAUGCUGCCAAAACAAUGGUUGAAGGAUGAUGAAUACGACGUCAUGUUUAAACCUGUAUCCCAAAUAUCAAGAGCAUAGUUCACACCUCUAGUUCAGGAAAAAUGUCUUCAGUUCGGGUUCAAGAAAUGAAAUCAGACUCUUCUCCUUUUCUUUUUCAUUUUUUCUUUAAUAUACUAACUGUGGAUGAUGUAUUGAAUGGGGGAUGAUGAAGUCUACAGCAAUUCCCAUUAAAAGGACGCAGGGGCUGAUGGGAAUUUUUUGAAGUUCCAUGAUAUUGUAGUGAUCUCUCAAUAUAAAGGUAGGUUCAUAGGUUGAAAAUAUUUGGAUGAGUUAAUUGAAUUUACCUCAAGACAAUGAGAUGGUAAAGAUUCGACAUCUAACCUUUCUAUCAAAUAUGUGAUGCUUUGAUCUAUUUAGUUAUAUUGAGGUUGGUUAGUAA